AUGAACCCUUUCUGCUGUGUUUGUCUCACCCUUGGAUCCUUCCUGGGACUUCUGGGACUCUGGCUGGAAGAAAACCGCAGGCAGCUGCUGACCGCUGCCAUCGUCUUUCUCAGUUUCGGGAUCGUCGUCUCUUCUGUGUGCUUGGUGAUCGACGGCGUCUGCAUUGCCUUAAAUAUGGACAUGCGGCCACUGAAAGCAGGGAGAUGUCAGUAUUACAGCAGCGGCAACUGCUACAUCUAUGAGAAUUUCUACACUUCUGUGUCGUGUUGGAGUCUAAAGGAGUCUUGUACCAUGACGGUAAGAAGUGGAACCUGUUACUGCUGCGACCUGUAUGACUGCGCCAAUGGAGGCUACCUCAGCAACUACUAUGAAUUUGUUGGAGUAGAAAGCUGUGAGGAAGUCUUUACAGUGUACAUUUUAAUUUGGACCCUCGCCAGCCUCAACCUCGUGGCCUUCUUCACAGGAAUACUCACCACAGCAGUGCUGGGCAGCAUUAGAGCGUUGUGGAGCAGCAGCCCUGUGGCUGAUCCCUCUGAGAAAACAGCAUCUUCCCCAACAGCUCCUCUGCUGAUGGACGCCAAUAUACACACAGCACACCAGCUCCACCCAGUCAAUGGAGGAUCGUCGUUUUGCUCUUCAGCAGAGAAGGCCAACCCGCCUCCCUUCGCCCCACUGGCCGGCGUGCCGCCUUGCAGAUCCCACGGCAUGUCUGUGUGGGCAGCAGAUUCACGGGAAGAUGCUUCGUUAUUGUUGGGUGCAUUUUAAACAGCAAAUGCAGCUUAAAGCGGACAUGCAGAAGUUUAAUGGAAAGCGUCUGCAGCUACUUUACAUUAUAUCCAAAGAAGAAAACAGCUUACUUAAAGCCCUUGAGUGUCAAAUGUUUGCAAAUGCAGUGCUUUGUCCUAUAAAUCUUUUCAUUGUGGACUUUGUGCGUAAAAGGCUUCUUUUUUUCCCCAGACACCAGGCAGUUAAAACUUUGCGUGACCUAAAUGUCUCAUAGAAGAUAUAUUGCUGAUAUUACUCGAUGAUGAAUAAACAGAUUG